CGCGUUUAACUAUGAAUGUAGGUUCUAAUGAAGGAAAAACAGAUACCGAGUUAUCAAAAAAUGUUAAAGUGCAAAAGAAUAAGUUUAAGUUCAAAUCUUGCAAUGAUGGGACAAUACUCAAUAUUCACCAUACAAUCCACCAAAAUGGUCGUGUUCUUAGGGUACGAUUUGUUCAUGCCUGCUUCAGUCGUAGCAAUGAAAAAUUAGCUGCAGUUGACCACAGAGGAAAUAUUUUUAUAUUCGAGCUGGUAACCGAAAGUUACUGGGUGCUGAACGAAUGUUUCAAAAAUAUCACCGCCGUUGAAUUUAUCCCGGAAACGAGUGACAUCAUUCUGGGAAAUCAAGAAGGGAUCAUAUCGGUAAUCAAUUGCGAAACUGGUGAGAAGCCUAUUCGUUUGAAGGCUCAUCGUGCUCCAAUUACAACGGUAUCGUUUCCGCCUCUUUAUGGAAAAUGUCAACAUCAUUCAAAUCUAAACCAAAAAUCUGUUUCAAGUACACACGUUGAAAGACUCGGGACCAAAGAUGAACUAAAAGCGAAAUCAGGCAAAAAAUUGCCUUUGAUGCUGUGCUUGGUAACGACAUCUGAGGGGGCCAAGCUGUAUGACACAGGCAAUUUCACUGAAGUACAUCAAUUGAAUUACGGAACGGUAGAUGCAAUGAGCCGCAUUGAUCAGCUUCAAUGGGUACCAAGAGCAAGUUCACUACUCGGUUGUUGCCUUGAUGGUGUAUUAAGGCUUUGGACUUACAACUUUAAGCUUACUAAAGAGGUGAACUUAAGGCGGUUGCAGGCACUUUACCAGAAACAAUUUAAAGUAGAGACAUGGGUAGCAGAAGACACUGAGUUUCUGUGCGACACUGGGGAUCAAUCCAGGCGAGGAAUCGAGAAAGUGAUUCAGCGUAUGACCGGAAAUGAGCGUACGCAAGGAUUCAUCAAAUGUGCUCAGUUCACUAAGAAUGGGAAGUUUCUUAUCGUGAAUUGUUUGGAUAACACUCUGAUAGUCCUAUCGUGUGAUGCCUGGCAAAUAUGUAAAAUAUUUAUUCUUCCCAAUUUGUACAUUGCAAGUUUUGGGGUUGUAACCGUGGAUCGGCCAGUUCAUUCUAAAGCGGACUUUAUCAUAGUAGCUAGGACCAUUGAAAAUAAUUUGCUGGCUCUAAAUUUGGCUGAAUACCAAAAAAUGUACAUAGUCCGCAGUACGGAAAGCAAAUGUUAUAAAUUCUGUCUAUCCUACAAUGGAAAAAUGGUUGCAAACAUCCUGAAAAGCGGCGAAAUCCUGGUUCACAAUUUAGAAUCCCAUUUGUGUGCCUUGACACCGAAAAAAUUACCAUCAGCGGAUGGUCAAAAAACUGUACAUUCGCGACCUACAGGAGCGAGUACACAUUGUCAGCAACAACGGUGGCUGCAGAAGCUGGAUGAACCGGCAACGAGCAAUAAUUUUGCUGCUACCCCUUCUUCGCUGAGUUCGCUGUACGCGCCUUCUGCUACGGUAGGGUCAUCCAUUUCAACGGCUUCCGGGCCGAGCGCAUCCGUUUUCCGCAAAAUGAGCAAGCCUAAUUUAGACAGACGGCUUGAAAGGAUCCAUGAUAAGCUUUCCAAAACAUUGGUCAGAAGUAGACUGCGGCCCAUACUGUUGGAAUUCGGCGAGUACCCGGAGAGACACCGAAGUACCAUUUGGCGCAGCUUGCUGGAGCUGCCCCAGAACGGCGAUUGUUUCAAUGUAUUGCUUUUGAAAGGACACCAUCCUUGCGUUUCGAACUAUGAGCAAAGAUUUGCCAAUUUCGAGGCUCGCCAGGUUCGGGGUAUGAAAAAAAUUGUUUCCUGCCUGGCACACUGGACGUCGGUUUUUGCGCACUGUGAUUUUCUGCCCCGGUUCGUGUAUCCUUUUGUGAGGCUCUAUCAGCACGAUUCACUUACUUGCUUCGAAACCGUGGCCACCAUUCUACUUAACCACUGCCAGCUGUGGUUUGAGUUCGCUCCGCUGGAACCGUUUAACUAUUUGGGCAUGGUAGACAACGUCCUGAGCGAGUAUGAGCCCAAGUUGAUGAAUUUUUAUCGCGAGCGCAAUAUAUCUUCGCGUAUUUACGCGUUGACAAUGAUGGAAACGGCUUUCCUGGAAACUUUUCCGGGCAAUCAAUGGAACCGGCUCUGGGAUCAUGUGCUUUCGAACGAAUCCUAUUUUAUGGUAUUUUUUAUCGCAGCAUACAAUGCGGCCCACCGUACAAUCAUCACCAGCUGCACCACGGAGGCAGAAAUCGCAGCGCUUUUCCGCGAGCCAGCAUCGAUAGAAGUCAAUAGGGUGCUGAAAAAGGCAUAUGAUUUAGAAGAGAGAUGCACUGAUAACAUCCAUCCGAAGUAUUAUAUGAAAUCCUUUGUUUCGAUUGGAACCGUCGUACAGGACGGUAAUCCGGCUUUUUCGUUCCGUUGUAAACAACGCUGGAAUGCUGGAGAACGGGUCGGCAGCAGCAGCAGCAGCAACAGCAACAGCAGUUCUACCUAUAGUAAGUUCAACAAUUAUCCAAAACAAGUGAUCAGUGUUAAAGAAAGUGAAAUUGAUUGUCUCAAAACGGAACAAAAUCGGCUGGAGGCAAAAUUAUUAGAAAUGGAAAAGCUUGAACGAAUGCUGCAGAAUCGAAUGGUGAACAAUAGAGUGCAGGAAGAGCAUGACAAUCGUAUGCGAGAAGUGGAACGAAAAUUCGAGGAAGCUUUGUCCACCGAGGAGAAACGAAUAGAAAUGCAGCGAAAGCUGCUAUUGUUGCACAAGAAACAACUUCGAGAGCAAGAAAAUGAAGUCCUUCGGGAGCGCUGGAAUGCUGAGUUGCGUCAGAAUGCUGCGGCGAGGGAAACCGAGCUGGAUAGUUUGUUGAAAACACUACAGCGCGAGCGGCAACGGGAGGAAACGGACAUGAUGUUUGCCGAAGAAGAUAUCAAGCUGCAGCAAAUGGAGCUGCAUGCUAGACGAUACGACACACAUUCGAAAUUAGUGGACAAUCGUUCUCUGGAAUUGCGAUACAAUCAGGCCAUUCAACAGCUGGAACACCAGAAGCAGAAACUCUACGAGGAUAUCGAACGGGUUCCAUAUUAUAGAGGAGACUCAACUUAUUUAGCAAAUUCAGAGCUUAGCAAUGGUUCGAGGGAACCGUAUUCGACUGUGAGUUGUGAUGGAACUGCUAAACAAACAAAGUUGGAGGACUACUCUAAACAGCUGAAGCACAUUCAAAAGCAACUGGAAGCGCUCAUCAAUGUUCAAGAGCAAGGCACUACUGAACAAUAAAUAAUAUUAGAAUUUAUCUAAUCAUCUUUUUAAAUUUUAACGCACAAAUCAGUCGAUUAUAGUAAAUGAAACUUUGACACAAGAACUGCGUAAAGUGAGUAUAAUAUUGUUUUGCAUAUUGCAAGGUUUUGUUCAACGUAAAUAUCAACGUAAUCAGGUUAGGAAAGAAAUAAUUUAAGAUCCAAUUUAAUAUACUCCAAAAAAAUAGAAGCAUUUCUGCAGUUGAGAAUUUAUUACCAGGAGAUUGGUGAAUAUUUUAUUUGCUUCACCAGUGCUGUAGCACCCUUUUUCUGCUUUUCCUUUCGGCAACAACUUAGUGGGAAUUAUAGCCAUAAUGUAUCAUUCCAUAAUUGAAAAGAACCAGAAACACCACUAUAUUUGCGCCAUGCUUACUGCUGCCGCUGCCGGCCGCCACGUAAUUGCUGGUUAUUUAUAUACAUUUUAAUCCACCGAAACGGAAAUGAAAUAUUCUGAAGAUUGGCGUUUUUUGUAAAAUGCAUCUUGUUUAAAAACAGUUUAGAUAUAGCAACACCAAAAGAUAUGUUUCGUUAUUCAUUGUGGUGCACCAGUUCUUUGCUGUCAGAAACUGGUCUCAUUAAA